UCUCUUUACAGAGAAAAUGGAUUCCUAGCUUGGGAAUCCAGCUUUGGCCGGAAACUAAUUUUUUCAUAUAAAAAGAAUUUCUUGACAAUGGGUUGGUGGCCGUGGAACUGGAAGGAGGAGGACUCGGAGGCUUUGAAGAUGGAAAAAUUCAAAUAUCAAAUAGAAAAAGACGCUCGAGAGAGAACUGACAAGAAGGAAAAAGAGGAACGGGAGAGAAUCGAGAAAGAAAAGAGAGAAGUGGAGAUAAACUAUAAACUCAAAUUGAAAGAGUUGACUGAAAAUCUGGAACUGAAAUACAGAGUUAAACAACUGGAACUUGAAGACCAAAAGAGUCAACGGGUUGAAGGCAAGCAAUUGGAAAUGGAAAGACGCAAACAUGAACAAGAGUUUGAAUUGAAAAAAUUAAAGCUGGAUAAUGAGUAUAAGUUGGAAAUCGCUAGGAUAGAAGCCAGUACCCGAUCAAACCAAAACAAGAUGUGGCUCGGAAAUGUCUUUGCUGUGGUUCUGUGCUUCAUAGCUGUCCUUGUCACUGUCACAUACUUUAUGAAGGAUACAGAAGUUGUGGUUGUUAUCGAGGAUGGUAGCAGGGCCAAGGAAUUUCUUUCGAAGUUAGUGCCAAGUUCUUCGGUAGCAAAAUACGCAAACCAGAAGUCAGAUGUGUGUGAAAUUUAAUGACCUAUUUUCGUAAUUUGUUCAAGGUUUAUUUACUUAUUCAACUUCUUAUCAUUUUUAUUCUUCAUAUGUCAGAGAAAAUGUUCUCAAUUGAAUCAAUGAAGAAUUUGUUUAAACAAUUUGUUCUUUGAAAUUUCGUCAAACAAAUCGUUCGUUCAGUUCGUUUGUUAAAGUUGUUCAGAUCAAAUAGUUUGUUCUUUUUCUUCUUCAAAAGUAUGCUAAAAAUGUUUGUUCGUCAACAGUCUGGCUGACCCAAAAAAUGAAAACGAGCGUAAACUAUUUAAAAUACAAACAUUUUUAUUUUCUCUGAAUGAUCAAAACCAUAAUUCACGAAAAAUUUCUUACCUCUGAAAAAAAUUCGUCCGUUCACAAAAAGUUUGAAAAGCCUAUCUCUUUUCAACUUUAACUUCCAUUAUUUUCGUAUUUCAGAGAAAAUGGGCCUGUUGGGCCUGUUGCGCCUGUUAUUAAGCUGCUUCUAUGGAAAUGCUACUGAUAUAGAAGAUGGAAACAUUCCUUCAUUAACAAAUGAAACAGAAAAGAAAAAAUAUGAAUUAAAAGUUGUUCAAAAUACUCCAAGCUUUACAGACAACAGAAACAAGGAAAAAAUUAAAGAUUUGGAAUUAAAACUCAAAAAUGACGAGAUAAAACGGAAAGAAGCUCUGGAACAAGG